AUGUCCCUCAGGAACCAGAACGUCCUCAUCACCGGCGCCAGCAUCGGUAUCGGCGCGGCCAUUGCGCACCGCCUCGCACAGGAAGGCGCGAAUCUGAUCCUCUUCUCCCGGACCGAGUCCAAAUUGAAGUACCUAUCGCAAGACAUUCAGUCCAACAUCGGCGCCAACACUAUCAGGAUCUUUACUACAGCCGUGGAUGUUUCCAAUCAGGUGGAAGUGACCAAGGCCAUCAGCAACGUGGUGAAGCAGAGCGGGCCCAUUGACAUACUCAUCAACAACGCUGGCCUCGCACUUGGAGCACCGGCCGCAUUUCAGGAUUUAAGUAUUGAAGAUGUGGUUGCAAUGACAGGAACGAAUGUUAAUGGGGCAAGUCUCCCAGGCACAAACAAACGCUUUCAGGAGGGCUUCACUGACGCUCUUCGGACAGAGUUAGGAGGGACCAACAUUAAGGUUCUUGCUUUGCGGCCGGGUGUUGUGGCCACACAUUUCCAUGAGCAGAGAGUGGGUUUUGACAAAGAUGCUUACAAUGGUUUUAUGGAAGGCUUCGAACCACUGCUUGCAGAGGACGUUGCCGAAGCUGCGGCGUGGAUGUUGAGUGGGGAGGAAAGAAUCAGUGUGAAAGCGUUAGAUGUUGUGCCAAGUGCACAGAGGAGUUUGUCUGUAUUUGAUCGAAAGUGGAAUGGGCGAAAUGGGAAAGAAUAA